CUUGUUCUUAUGACAUUUUCAUGCAUUCUUAUUUAUAGGGGCUCGCCAUCUCUCGUUCGAACGAGAUUGUUGGUAGUUGUUUUCUUCGCGUGAAUGAAAAUUAUUGAUUAUUGUACUUAUUUUUUGUACAGAGCUAAGCUGUCAGUAAAAACUUCAAUUCUCAACGGGAUUACAUAUUACUGAACACUAACCAUUCUUGUUGAAACUAUACUCGAAACUAUUACUUUUUCUUACUACCACAUCACUAAUUUCGAGUUUGUUAUUACAUAGAUACAAGUAUCCUGAUUAAAAUGCCUAAAAAAAGAAUAAAUACUAAUGAUAAACCAAUACAAAGGCCACAAAGAAAUAUGAAAGCCAAAAAAGUAUUUGAUCCAUCUGAUAAUUAUUUACCGAAAAAAAGAAAUAAAUAUUCAUCAAGUAAACCAGUAAAUUUUAUUAAAUCUAAUAAUGUAAAAAACCGUAAUAAAAAAAAAAAACAGAAAGCUAUAGACAAAAAUAGUUUAAAAAAUGAUUUAUCCGAAUGUUCAGCUGAAGAGAGCAUUCCUGAAAGUGAACAUUCUUAUUCACCAUCAAAUCCUCCAAUUUCACCUACUGAAAUAACUCAAAAAAAAAUGGCAGAUGAUUGUUUUAUGUGCAAUACCAUUGGUGACAUAAACGAUAUUAUUGACUGUCCAAUAUGUUUAAUUAAAGUUCAUAAAGACUGUUUAGUUAUUAAAGAGCCUAUGUGGAAGUUUAAGCUUGAUUUAUGUCCCUGGCUCUGUGAAUCUUGCAGACAAUUUCAUUGUUGCCAAUGUCUUAAAAGUGAAACGGACUCGGAAUUUUUGAGUUGCAUAACUUGUAAAGUUGGUUUACAUUCUAAUUGCAUUGAAUCAUGUAGGAUUAAACCAUUAGAAACUAUAAGAAAUCUUGGCAUAUUUGUGUGUAUACCUUGUUUAACAUUGGCCACAGACAGAUUACCAGAAGAAGAAGAAGAAGAAGAAGAAGAAGAAAGAUGGCAUGAAAUAGAAAUGGAAGAAAUAGAUGAAAAAGCCGUGGAAGAAGAAGAGGAAGAAGAAAAUGAAAGAGUCCUGGAUGAAAGUGACGAAGAGAAGUUUGAAAAAGAAGAAGUAGAAGAAGAAAGUGAAGAAGAAAUAGAAUUUGUUAAUACAUCAUCAGACGAAAAUAAUAUGGAAGAUAAUGAUAACAACAGUAUUAAUUCAGAUAAAUCUUAUAAUUCAUCUAUUGACUAUGAAAAAGAGUUUACUGAAGUUCCAAAUGUAAACAUUCCAAAUGUAACUAGGUGGAAUAAAUACCAAGUAUAUGAAUAUUUAGCAGAUCGUUUACCUAAAGAAGUACUUGUUAAAAUAAUAACAAAUGAAAUUGAUGGCCGUGCUUUACAAUUACUUCGACGAUCAGAUAUCACGUUACAUAUGGGUUUGAAACUUGGACACGCCAUGAAAUUAUACAAACAAGUUCGAAUUUUACAAACACAAAGUACAUACCAUAAAACUUAUUGGGAAUAAUUAUUUCACUAAUCAUCAAAUAAAAUAAAGUAUGUGUUAAUGAUUUUUUUUUUUUUUA